GUUUCUGUUCUUUUUAUUAUUAUCAAGUACAAUGCCACCUCCAUCCUGUACAAACUGAUCUAUGGCUCUUGUAGGAUCAUAUUCCUUUAUAGGCUCACUGUUCAAUUUAAUCAGCAGAAGUCUGUUUAAAUUGGUGUUUGAUAAUCUUUAACUUUGAAAAGCCUCUCUCAACUCCAGAACUGCUCCCUGGUAUGGUCAGAACUAAAUCCAUAAGCGCAAAUACAUUCUGAUGUCCUGCAUAGUACAAUCUGUUGACUGUGUCCCAGGAUAAAUUGUGGACUUCCUUAGUGGUGCUGGAAAUAUGUAAAUCGGUAACACAAGAUGGCGAACGCGGUCGAUCACGGAGACGCUUUGUCUUGUUUUGCAAGGAUAGAUGCAAAUAUUGUAAGAGUCCUUACUACAGUGGAAGAUAGGGCUAAAGAUGACGUUAUUGACGAACUCCUGAUGGAUUUUGAAGCUGAUCAACUGGAAAGCUGUAGAGAUAUAUUGUUCGAAUCGUGCGAGACGAAAUUAUUGAAUGAAUGCAUUGAAAAAUAUGGACCUGAUUUAGGUGGGAAUAAACCUGUGCUGAAAAAGGUGACACGACGGGACGGGAAAUCAAAGCUGAAUUUAGUUGGAGACGAUAUCUACGGUAUGUACGUUUACGUAUCAGGUCUUUCAACAACGUUCCCAAGAAAUGUUGUCACAUCCAGAAGCGUUGUCCCAGAUGUGACAACGUCACAGAAUAUAUUGGAUAGUCAAAAACAAAGGCCAAUGGAUGCAAAGUUUCUCGACUUGCAAUCUAAACUUGAACUCUUACAUUCUGAAAUGACUGAUCUUAAGAAAGAGAUGAAGAGCAGGGACGCUAAGAUUGAAUAUUUAUGCAAAAAAGUACAGGAUUUGGAGACGGAUUCGAAAUCCAGGGCCGAUAAAAUUGCAUCAUGUGAAGCUGAACUGGACAGGCUAAACAAGGUCAUUGAUUGCUCCUACAUAACUAUAGACUCUAUCGAAUCUGAAAAUGGAGCCAAUUUACAAGUUACAAGCAGUCAAAAUCAAGGCCUAUCCUCGAAUCAAGGUGAUCCAGAAAAAGGCGCGAAAGUGAGUAGUGGUAAAAACUUGAGCGCCGAAUCAGAGACUCCUUCAUGUAAGCCUAACCAGGAUGUAAACAAUAACAACACAAAACAGGCAUGGCCGAACGGGAAAACUUCGCGGCUUCCUUUGGAAGCAAGUAGCAGUACAAACUCUUCGAGUGCGUCUUACGCGGAUGCUAUCAAAUCCCCGCCUGCAAAGGGAGAUAAUGACUGGAUUAUGCAUCAGAGUAGGAAAUCUAAAAGACGCACGGAACAAACACGGAGGACAAGUACGGAGUCGGAGCAAUGUUUUAAUUUUAAACGUACGGCUAAUGCUAGGAUUAACAGGAGCAGACUUUUUAUGGGCAUGAAACCCGUUAAAACGAUUCAAAUGUACAUUGGCAAUAUCUUUUACCCUCCUGAAUCAUCAUUCGCUGAAGUCAUGGCGUCCGUCAACGACCAUCUUAGGCAUAACAAAGUACGUGUAAUGAACUCAUAUAUCAUCCGUAAUCGGGUCAGUAGUGAUACUUUCGGCAUAAAAAUGACAAUACCCGAUACGCAGCGCGAUGUGAUGCUGAGCGAUUCCCUUUGGCCCGAAAACGUCACGUGCAGGGAGUGGUCACGCGAGCCUCCAACACGUACACGUCGUAACUACGGAUCAACGCCGCGUGGUGGAUUUUGGCGCGGAACAUCCUAUGAGAGGACAUACGACAGAAUCAAUGAUAAUGAAAAACACCGUGAAGAUGUUGACAUCGCCGGUUAUAGUACCGAUGACAGCGUUAACAACGCCGACAACGCCGACAAGGAUGAUAGGAUGUGGCCAGGCUAUACGUCAAAAAGAUGGUCUGAUUGGGACGAUUGCUAA